AAUCAUGGCAGGGGAGCCCGACCCUCCACCAUCGCCAACUCACGGAGCAUGUGAACCAUUUUGUGAACUGGACGGUGACGGGCCGACCGAGCACCCCUGACACACAACACAGCGGAACGUAGCAGCGCGAAAGACACCCGACAGCGAUAGUAACCCAUCAACGACGAAUACACUAGUACGCUUGUACUCUUGGGAUGUAUUAUACUUAUACAUGUAGUGUACCUAUUGCAUGGACGGUUUUGUAGUGAAGGACUAAUAAUUUAUAUUAUUUUUUGCCGACCCGGCCAAGGGUUUCGGACAGUGCUAGAUCAGAACUAGAAGAUCAUCUUGGCAACUACUUGGCAGGUAAAGAAAGUACAGUAGAUUACGUGACUUUUGUAUGUACCGGCGGUAUGCCUCAACAGUAGGGAAUUCCCCGGGGCUGGUACCAAAAGAGUUCGAAAGAGUUUCGAACAGUCAGUGCUACAUAAUAGAUGUAACAAGAAGAUCAUCUUGGCAGGUGAAGUAGGUUCCGUGACUUGUCUUUUGUGCAAUCAUGAUACAGUGUAAACCUGCUUUCAAGCCAUCAACAAGAACACUCAUGACGUCAUGUAGUGUAAGAUGGUCAUGCCUUAACCGAAAGGAAUUCCGCAGAGCGGGCACCAAAAGAGUUUCGGACAGUGCUAGAUCAGAAGGAGAAGAUCAUUCUUGGCCGGCAGGCGAAGUAGGUUCCUUGACUUUUCAAUCACUGACUUGCAUUUCAGUUAAACGACAUGAGUGCGAGCUGAAACGAUGUAGGCGAGAUUUGUGCGAUGCAACAUUCAGACUCAAGUCUAUUUCUUCGGCUCUUCACCCUUCAACCAAUCAAAAAAAUUAACUUUUACCCUUGGAGGCGCAAUGGCAGCUUCGGAGAGUACGACGUCGGGUGAUAGAACUCAACCGGAGUUGUUCAUUGGAAAUCUACCCCGGAGAACCAAGUCCCAAGUCCUAAAAUCCGAGAUAGAACGACAUGGCGUCCACGUUUUGCGUUGCCAGAUCAGGAAACCAAGGAGUAAGCGUCCUUAUGCCUUCGUGCGGGUCGCUAGCCGUGCAGAUUGUGAUCGAGCGCUGAGAUGCAAGUUGUCCAUGAUGCUCGGUGGUCGGCUAUUGACAGUGGCUAAAUCAGUGCGUGGAGGGCAGAGAGUUAUCACGGAACCGAUCGACUUGGAAAUCCACCAGCUGCAGUCAUUCUCAAUCGGUGUGUUCUUCCUGAAGCAAAGCAUGUUCCUGCAGCGAUGGUCUUCACUGGAUGGCAACAAUAGCAUUGCAGGAGAUAUCAAGUGCACUGUGAACUUCAGGAAAGGGGAGAUUCACCUGUGCUUCAUGACUGACGAGCACGAGUACAAAGUCCAGUUCUUCUUCAAGGACAUGCAGUAUUUCCUGGAUCUGAGGGCUGGUAACUUACCCAGCGAUGUUGCCACUGCAUCUUCUCGCUGUGUAUCGCAUGGUCUUGUUCUGGCUUUCUUGAAUGCACCUCUGGUGUUCAGAAAGGACAGGGAUGUAGCCAGUCGGAAGACUGCAGCCAGUGAACUUGCUACCUCGAUUGUGGAAAAUCCUUCCGGAUCUCAUUAUUGUCAUAAUGAUGUGGAGUGCGAUGACGACGAUGAUGAGGAGUGCGAUGACGACGAUUAUGAGGAGUGUGAUGAUGAGGGAAAGGAGUACGAUGACCACAAUGCGGAGUACAUGUACGAUGGUGAGGCGGAGGAGGAGUACAAUGACGACGAUGAGGAGUACAUGUACGAUGAUGAGGAGGAGUACAGUGACGACAAUGAGGAGUACAUGUACGAUGAUGAGGAGGAGUACAGUGACGACAAUGAGGAGUACGAUGAUGAUGACGAGGAGGAGGAGUACGAUGAUGAAGAUGAUGAGGAGUACGAUGAUGAUGACGAGGAGGAGUACGAUGAUGAAGAUGAUGAGGAGUACGAUGACGACGAGGAUCCCUAUAGAUUUCAUGCUUAUCUACACAAGAAGCAUAGGCUUUUAGACUUUCUGGAAAAAUUGGAGUUUGGCGCUGAUGUUGAUGAUGGGGAGGAUCUGUACCAUGCAGACAAUUUCUUUCUAGCUGGAGAUGUGGAAGAGGAGGGUGAUUGGCGUCGUACAACUGGGACGUUUACCCAAGACCCGAACAUCCAAGGCCAAUAUUUCCACUACCUGCUCACACCACAAUGCGAACAAGAGUUUGAAGCUAUCAUCAAGCGCAUGAGGGAGAAGUACAAUGGCUAUGUGCACUAUGAUGCUCGAAUCCGACGGCUUACAUCCAAAGGUCUCCUGAGGCGUGACCAAUAUGCAAAGCUUGCCAGCAGAGUUCCAUUCCAGCUCAUGUUUCUUGUCGAGGCAAUGGUGGGUGAUGGUCUGCUGUACCGAGAGCUAAUGUCGGAGCUGUUCUUUGAACUACUCAAGCAGCCCAAUGCCUAUCGCUGCCUGCGUCACUAUCAACAGCGCUACUGCUACUACCUGGACCAGUAUGGCGAGGUCAUGGAGGAUCCUGCUGAGGACUUUCUCAAAUCAAUAGAUCUUAUUCACGAGGGUCGCAAUGUGGGCAAUUCACCAAAGGACGACUUCGCGGUGGAUUGCUCGACGGACGAUCACAUCAUGGUUCACCAUGCCACCAUUACACCACUGCUCAUCUACUGCUAUGGCCCAUACCUGGACACAGCGAACCGUGUGCUAAGGCACUACAAGCAUCUGUCAGAUCGCUUCCUGCGUGUGAACUUUGCCGAUGAACACCGUGAAAAGCUGAACGUGGGCAAAGCCAGCCGACCACUUACAGAGAUCACUGACUUCAUCAGGAAGACCCUCAGUGAAGGCAUCGAUGUUGCUGGUCGGCACUACGAGUUUCUGGCCAUGUCCAACAGUCAGCUGAGGGAGAACAGCUGCUGGUUCUUCUCGUCUGAAACGGAAGCACGACGACCGUCUGUCACAGCUGCAGACAUCCGGAACUGGAUGGGGGACUUCUCCAACAUCAAGAAUGUUGCCAAGUACGCUGCGCGCAUGGGCCAAUGUUUCUCCUGCACGAGUACAUCAGGCAAACUCACCGUUGACGGAUCAGAGUUUAAGGAAGUGCGGGACGUGAAGACCCGGGAUGGAAAAUACACAUUCUCGGAUGGCAUCGGCAUGAUUUCUCCAUCUUUCGCUAAGGAGGCUGCGCUAGUCGUGCCAAACCUGAAAGGUGGUGUCCCAUCUGCUUUUCAGAUACGCUUUGCCGGCUACAAGGGCAUGGUGGCAGUUAACCCUGACAUGGAAGCACACCUGAAGCUGCAACUACGUCCCAGCAUGCGCAAGUUUGAGAGCAAGCACCUGCAGCUGGAGGUCAUUCAGGCAUCGCGUCUUCUGCCUGGUCAUCUCAACAGGCAGAUCAUACUCCUUCUCAGCACACUGGGCAUUGACAUGCGCGUCUUCAUUGACCUGCAAAAGAAGAUGACAAGCAAACUGGACGACUGUGUACGGAAUGAGCAGGUUGCAAUGAAUUACAUCGCCAAAGAACAUUGUCUAAGUGAUGUCACUGCACCUACUACACUCCUGCACACAAUGAUGAAAAGUGGCGUCCGCUUCCCAGAGCCCUUCCUGGAGGCAAUGAUGCUUGCGUAUCGCAACUCUCGACUGGCAAUGCUCGAGGAGAAGGCGCGCAUCUUUGUGGAGGACGCUGCCUGCUUGCACGGAGUGCUGGACGAAAGUGGCUUCCUGGACUAUGGCGAAGUCUACAUCUGCAUUCGCGACAACGAUGGCCUUCAGAAAGUGAUAACUGGACCGGUUGCUGUGGCCAAGAACCCGUGCCUACAUCCUGGCGACGUACGUGUCCUGAUGGCUAUGGCUGCACCAACGGCCGGGCACAGCUUGCACAUGCUGGAGAAUUGCCUGGUAUUUCCGCGACGAGGAGUGCGUCCCCAUCCGGACGAAUGCAGUGGCUCGGAUCUGGACGGUGACACAUACUUUGUGACCUGGAAUCCGCACUUGAUACCAACGCAGGUCCAACCACCCAUGGAGUACGCGGGCAAGCAAGCCCAGGAAGUCGACCGGGUGACCAUGGAGCAUAUCUAUGACUUCUUCGUCAAGUACAUGCAGAACGACUCUCUGGGUGUUAUCUGCAACUCACACUUGGCGCUCGCCGACUUAAGCGACCAGUCUGCCAACGACCCCGUCUGCCUGGAACUGGCGCAGAUGCAGUCAGAUGCCGUCGACUAUCCAAAGACUGGCGUGCCAGUCGAGUACGACCCAAAACGACACUCACCAGCCACGUACCCAGACUUCAUGAAGAAGCGCGACAAGGAGGAGCACACGUCAAAGAAAGUGCUCGGUCGUCUCUUCCACGACGUCCACCAGUUCCACAAGAAAUGUUCACCGCAGACGAGUGGUAGACUACGAAUCGAGCAUCACCGUGACUUCUUUGAUGCAGAUCUCAACGUCGCCGGCCAUGAGGAGUUUGACGAAGAAGCCCGUCUGUGCAAAACCGACUAUGAUGCAGCCCUGCGGAUGAUCAUGAACAAAUACCAACUGAAGAAGGAAGAAGAAGCUGUUGGCGGGUUCUUUAUCAAGCUGCCCCGCUCCCAACGACAACGCUCACUGCAUGAUAUACAACAAAAGGUGCGUCAGGAGGCAACGCGGCUCAGGCAGCACUAUCUAGACGAGGAGUUUGGCGACGUUCCAGAGAAAUACCGCGGCGGCAGCGAGACAGCGUACCUACAUCGCAAGGCAUCCGCUUGGUACACCGUAACAUACCAUCCUCAUUACACAAGCAGUCGCGGCGAUGGAUCCAGUCAUAGCCGUACGCCCCGGAAGGGUUACCGCCCAGAACUGGUCAGCUUUGCCUGGAUCCCGUAUCAGUACCUGUGCGCCAUCAAGAAAGAGAAAAGAAUGCAGAAGCAGAAAUUGCAUGUGGGCCGCCAUUGAUGCACUGGGCGCUGACAUCGGCACAGCAAAGGAAUCUCCUUUUGUGGCACUGGCUCUCUUGUUCCAGGAAUGGAGUUAUCUCCACUACUACAAUGCUCACUCCACUAUUCACUGCCGGAUACUUGCUUGCGUCUUGAUUUUUUGAAUGAAUAUCUUGAUUUUUGAAUGUCGAUAAAGAAUGUUGAAGGAGAUGAUUUUCUCUAGCUCAUGUGCACGUACACGUUCCCGGGUAUUGGCCCAGUAGAAUCUUUCCCAAUCAUUUUGACUUUUGCCGACACUUCUGCAGACAUGGCCAGGCUAGACACGGCUACGUUGUACUUGAUUGUGCCAUGAUAGUCAAUCAGCAAUAUGACCACUGUCAUUUGCAAUCUUUUCCAAUGGAGCUAUGUGGCACCACAUCAGAAGCAGCAUGCUUGGUAAUCACCCGGAUCAAAAGUAUUGGCCUCCCCUACCCCUCUCCCCCCCCCCUCCCCCCCCCCCACCACCACCCUGGCAGCUUUACCAUACUUCUAAUGACCCCCACUGGUACCAAGUACAUGUAACUGUAUUCUGCUUGCCCUAGCGUUUUUGAUCUGCUCACGUUACUGCUAGUAAUCUGUUCCGAUAGACCACCUGUUAUCAGCAAAUUGUCACAAAACCAGCUCCUCAUUGCUUACUAGUACUGUAGUUGGCAUUGUCACAAAGAAUAUGUUUUCUUAAAAAAAUACUAUUGACUCAACAUCUGAGUUUAACUCUUCAAAGUCUGACAAUCUGACAUUUCUGAUAAAUAUUUCUACAAACCUGCUUUUUGUCGGUGGUAGACUGGCUAUUUUUAAUCAUAUUUUUGAUGCUCCUAUCCUUGCCAGAUUUGGUUUCAUUUUUAGUGCCACACUGACUCUGAUCAAGUUAUAAGGCCAAACAAAACGGGCCCUGGUCACUGAGUCUGGAGA